AUGAAAUAUACGCUACCUAUUUUGCUCAUUACUGCUAGCUUAUCCACGAACACUUUCGCUAAGACCUGCCAAAGAAACGAAAAUGUGUACUUUGUAGAACCGAAGCGAGGCUCUAGUCAAAACGAGUGGCAAAAAAAUCCAAGUGAUUUGAAUGGACCAAAUCAUUUACAAAAUUUCGAAACUGCGUGUAAAGUAAAUUAUGAGGCCAAGGAAUUUCCUGUAUCUUUAACUCCAUCUGCAACUACGUUUCCGGGUACCGUGAACACAUGUUCACCAAACUAUUCAAUGGGCGAUCAAUAUAAUAGCAAAGAAUCAGAUAUUAUCAACUUUUUGACCAACGAGGUURAAAAGAACAAAAAGGUUAUCGAAGACCUUAACUUUCAAUUGAAAACCAAAAACUUGAAACAUCAGGCGCCUACAGAAAGCACAGAAAAAUGUGUUGCAUCCAGUCAGAAAGACCACGUCACUUGUAACGUAUCAGAUGGUCCAUCAGGAUACAACGAUCAGUUCUAUCCGGCAAACAAAAAAUGUGUUGCAUCCAGUCAGAAAGACUUCGUCACUUGUAACGUAUCAGAGGGUCCAUCAGGAUACACCGGUCAGUUCUAUCCGACAAACAUUCCGCCAUGUUUUGUUCAGCCUGAACAAGAACCCCUUUACCAAGGAUCUCAAGAUGAUCUUUACGGAGGCGCUCAAAGUGCAUGCGAACAAACAUGUAAACCCGACAUCGCAGAGAAAGACAACCCUGAAAAUUCUAUGGUUUUUAUAUAUACCGAGAUCCCUCCCCAUAGUCUUGCUCAUUUUAAAGCUGGUUCAGCUACACCUUGUAAUGCAAUUAUAUUUAAAUUGGAUUCAAAAGAGAUAAUAAAAAACAACCAGGGGGUUUUAGGAGAGAAUAGUAGGUCUAGGAUAGACCCAUGUAUGUUGAAAAAAGUUGGGUGA